AUGGAAUCCCCAGAACGAAUACUAUCGUUUAAUGCCCGAGAAUUAGAUGAUAUGGAUGAAACAAGCGAGACACCUAAUACUACACCUCCAGCACCUGUUUCCAAUGGAGCUACCCCAGAUCGGGAAGCAGCCAUAGACGAGUCUCUCGGUAAUGAGCUGAAAGUUGAUUCACAGACUAAGACAGAAGAAAGCGAAAAUGGGGAGCUGAAGGUAGAUGAUGGGGAUGAUUUAGAUGAUGGUAUUCAAGAAGAUGAAGAAUUGCUCACAUUACCUUUAUCCAAAAUCAAAAAGAUAUUCAAAAUGGAUCCGGAUUAUCUAGCUGCGUCAAAAGGAGCGGUAUACGCUACUGGUUUAGCUACUGAGUUGUUUAUUCAAUACUUUGUUGAACAAGCUAGUUUACUUGCUAAAAUGGAUAGGCGAAAGAAGAUACAAUAUAAAGAUUUGAGCAAUGCAGUUUCAAGUCACGACUCACUCAGCUUCCUCUCAGAUACAGUGCCAAAAGCCAUACCGAUUAGGGAGCUUAUGGAGAAUAAUAAGAUCAACUUGUCGAAGGCAGAUCAAGUCAAACUUUCAAAAGAAGAAAACAAAGCAACAGGUAUUAAUGACGAAGUUGUUCCGGUUGAGGACGUUGAAAAAAAUACUUUGCCUAAAGGUCAACAACAGCUCAAUUUUCCAAUUAGCAAACCAACUAACCCUCCUUUCAAAAAGUCUGUUAUAAAAGACCUAGUAACACUGACUGACGAAAAUGAUAGUGAAAAGCUGAUAGAAGAUGUUACAAUGGCUACUUAA